AUGCUGCCGAUUUCAACAGUCCUAUUUCAUUCUGAAAUUUUUGUUAAAAUGAAGUUCCUGAUCAUUCUCCUUGUCGCUAUUGUCACCAUAACAGCAGCUCAAGGAAGAUACCAAAGAUGUCCAUCAAAUGAAGAAUUCCGAUCAUGUGGAACGGCUUGUGAACCAACUUGCCAGAAUCCUAAUCCACAAGUUUGCACUCUUCAAUGCAUCUUGAACGUUUGUCAAUGUUCCCAAGGAUUUGUGAGAGGGCCAAAUGGAUGUGUUCCUCCUCAAGACUGUUUCGUUUACGGAAAAUAAUUGUUUUGAUAAAAAUGAAGUGUAUUAAUUGCAAUAUUUAGUGUACUGUGCAUACCUGCUAAAAAUGAA